AUGCUAAGUACACUAGGAACUUCUUUGUUACCACUUUCAUCAACUACUGAACAAAGUGCUCCAACAGCAGGUACUGUAAGAACCAGUACUGGUGCAACACAUAUAUGUCCAUUGGAAGAGGGUAUGGGUCAACCUCAAUAUUUGUCAACACCUAUAAUCAAUGGUGCACAUUUUCCUUCAUCACCGAACAUCAAUCCUGGUGGUGAAGGUGUUACAUUUACAUCAACAACUGCUGAAAUAGCUAUCGAAUUGGCUCCAUCAAUCACACCUAUUGUUGAAUAUGUAUCAAUUGCAGAUGAAAAGAUUACCAAUGUCAAAAGAGUAUCCGUUACAAUUCUUGCAUCUAAUGGUUCAACUAUUCAAACAAUUGAUUCACCACCUGGUAGUACUGUUGUCACUGGUUUUCCAGAUACUCCAUUACCAGCUGAUUCAACAUUACUUAUUGCAUUUCAAGCAGUAGAUAAAGCGCCACCUCGUUCUAUUACAUUAUCCAUCAUUGCUUGUUUCCAUCCUGAACUAACAAGAACUGCUACUUCAACUACACCUCAUUAUUCAAUCACUAAAAGUAAGGUUUUUUUUAAGAUGAUUUUGAGAAUGUUUUCAAAUACUCAGUUCAUGAUUAUAAAUAGCUACUGGCAAUCAAUUGUCUACACUAAUUAUUGACACUCGGAAUAGGUUGCUAACAGCAUAUCUAAUUUGAUUUAACGAUAUGGUUGAAUAAAAAUAUAUACCUGUGACUACUACAAAAAGAUGGAAAAAUAGUAAACAUUCUAUAUUUUGCUUCCACUUGUUAAUUAGUUAAAAUGAGAAAGAAAUUAUAUCUACUAAUGAAUCUUUUUUUCAGCUGUAUCAGAUACUUCUUCUAUAAGUUCGUCAACAACUGCAAUGAGUGAGCAUCCUAUGAACGAAAUAAAAGCAAAAAUUGAGGGUGAAUAUAAUUAAGUAGCCCUUCGCAAAAAAUCAAUAAUUGAUUGUCUUUAAUUAGAAAUGCCACUCUAAAUUAUUUUAGAUCAAUUUCGGUUUGUCAAAAAUCAAGAUCCAGAAGAAAUUUUCUAUCGACAAAUGAGCCUAAAACGCGAUUUAAAAAAUGCAAUAUUUUACAUUGCUAUUCUUCCAUCUCUUUUAAGUUUGUUCUAUAAUAUGUCCGGAUAGAAUAAAACUUUUUUGCACUGUUUUGGCGAACAUAUUUUUAUUUGUUUUGAGAAUGAGUAACAAAUAAUGUAAUAAUAGCCCACGAGUUAAUUCAUUGCACUGUACAAUAUAAGAGUCCGUUAUACUAUUCCUCAUUUUGACAACAUUUUCUAUUGUUCUUUGGCAAAUGAAAACAAAAGUUUUCUUGGAUAAAUACGUACUUGUUGAAAUGAACAGCGAUAAGUUUGAAAAAUUUCAUAAGAAGAAUUACUCGAACUGAAAGAAUUUUUACUUACAACUUACAAAUCAAUCUGGAGUAUCUCACAUGUGUAUAUUUCAGCUUCUCAAUAGAAAUACUAUUGAAAUACCACUUUUCUAUUUUAAUUUGUCUAUCUAUUGAAUGUUUUUAUUUAAGAAAAAUGUUCUAAAUUUUCGUUUCAGCUAUUUAAAACCUAUCACUAUUUGAACAUUACCAGGAUAAAUUAAUGAUUGUCUUUUACUUUUUAAAGAUUAAAUCGAUAGUAAUACAUUGUCAAGCACAAAAUCACGAAUAUAAUCUAUUUUCAUAUUCUCACAAACCCAAAGACAGAUUACCUUUAUUUUGAGUAUUCAUAUGUGUUAAUAAUCAAUCAUUAUCAUUCAAAACGAAUACUUUAGUACAAAAUUUUAUAUUAAUUCUCUUUGUCCUAUUCUAUCCAACUUCAUACACUAUUACCAUUAAAUUAAGGAAGAUUUCAUUAAAAAUUUCAUAAACAAAGAAAAUAACGUGAAAAACAAAAUUAUCCAGAUGAAAACCAAAGUUACUUGAUCCAAAACUAAUCACAGAUCUCGUUCUCGACGGAUACAAAUAUUUAGUUUAUAGUGCAAGAAUUUUUAAAUACACCAUAAAUUUUAAAUGCAACUCAUUAUCAGAACUUCAGAGAGCAAUCUCUACACUACAAUGCGAGCACUCACAAUAAAUAUUUAAAAUUUUCUGAUAUAGAUAGCUACUGCCAUUAGUAAAAUAUGGCAGAAAAACUUCAGAAGACAAAACAUUUUAGGAAGCUACACCCUCAACAAUAUAAAAACUUGCUCAAACUUGACUGUGAAAGAGUCGCCUAGGCAAGAUAGAUCACGCUUAUGAAUAACAUACAAAAUUUGAAAUAUAGAGUGUAUUUCUCGUAAGAUAAAAGACAAAUCCAUAUCACAGACAUCCCAAUAUAAAUACAGUUAUCAUAUUAAGAGUAAUAUACAAGAAGCAAACUUAGAACUUACUAUAAAUUUAAAACAAUAACUUUUCUCGGAUAGCGAUGGCACAAAUGAUAAGGCUGCUAUGCUUUCCUGACUGAAUUCAAUUUUCUUUCAUGAACGUCAUUACAAAUCAUUCAUUGAGUACGACAAUUAUGUCAAUUGACUUCUCUUGUGUUUUGUAAGACAAUAUAUUAUAACUCAUUAUCAUGAAUCGUCUCCUACUCAACUGUUCUUUUGGCAUAAAACUCAUUCAGUUUAAAUGUUUUUCCAUUUUUUCCUUAGUUUGUCGAAUCUUUUCGCAUCAUACUAAUAUAGUCUCUAAAUCUUAAUAUAUACCUUGCGUAUUCAACUUUUCGAAACCGAUGUAUAGUAGAUGUAACAUUAUAAUUUGGAUUCAUGUCAACGAAUUUAUUCGUAUUGGCUGUCUCUUCCAAAGUGUAAGGAUAAUUAAUCUCGAAAUGUUAUUUUUCAUCGUAAUGAUCAAUCUCAUUGUCAGUUUUCUUUUUUAUCAGUAAUCUAAGGUUCACCAGUUGUUUCAUUAUUUUCAUUCUCGAAUUCGAUAGUUCGACAAAUAUAAAAUAAAAAAUACCAGUCUUGUAAUAAUUGCCCGGAACCAAAAACAAUUUUGGUCAGCAUAUCUGCUAACAAGUUUGAAGCCAAAGUAUGCUUCCGCUGAAUGAAGAAGAUGCUUCGGGAUGUUUCUAAAAUCCUUAUUUUUUUUUUCAAAAUACAAAACAGAGCGUUCUCAAGCGACCAUUGUAGUACAGAAUGAGAGUUUAUAUUACUUUCAAAUAACAAUGGAUUCGAAAGUCUUUGCCGGAAUCACACAUGAACAAUUUCUAUACAACUGCUAUUUACUGUCAACCAGUUUUCCUAAUAUCUUAAAUCUUCUAUACACAAUAUCACCAUCCCAAUUGUCGUAACAACUCCAGAAAAUCACACUGACGCUAUUCAUCGGAUAUUUCUUUCUUUCGUACUUGUAGUCUCGCGUUUUACCUCAACCUCAUUUCUAACAAUACAAUAAAUAUCUGUUGUUAGUUCAAUAUGACUGAAGUUUCACUAGAAACUGAGGCCAGUAUAACUCUUAUGCGGUAGAAAAACAUGGGCAAGAUUCUUAUGACACUCUAUCAGAAUCAUCCAAUAACUCUGUUCAAAAUGUAACUCACCGGUUCUCAUACUUCCACGUUUGCUCGCAAUAAGACGCAAAAACCUAAAAUCGUAUCUAAAUAGUCAACAUGAACAACUUAUAAUUGAAAUAAGUUAAAUAGACAGUAAUUGAAAUAAAUUCAUCUUAUUUUAAUCAAUGCCUGAUAGUUCCAUUACUGAAUUUCCAUGUUGAAUUUCAUAACUAAUAAUAAAGUCGUUAAUCCUAUAAUCUAUUUAAUGGCAUAUCAACAACAAAACCAUUCUUUGCAUUUUCAGCUGCUACAAUCUCGGGAGAAACUACUAAAUUCAUUAGUAGUUCAUUUGCAUCCACCCCAUCGUCUACGUUCACAACAUCUUCGACGAAACCAAGUAAAAUAAAAAUUCAUGAUAGCCAAACCUAACACGCACGCUCUUUGUUAUUUUCUAGCUCUUCCAACUACGCCGCACGCAUCACCUGAACAAACUCGAAAGACAAGUGAACAUAUGACAACAACUAUGAUCUGUCCACUCAAAGAAGGUAUGCAUUCUCGAUA